ACUUAGGUUCUAGACUUUGGUGCUCUUGAUGGCGCAACCCUCUACAAGUGCACGCGAUAGGGUGGGAUGAAAAGCACGUCAUCUCGCGGAAUAUCGCGUAUCUCAUAAGAGCGACUACAAUCGCGGAACCAUGUGCAAACGAUCAGCUAAGCGGCACAAAAACGCUGGACCUCUGUCCGAUGGAACCUUUCAGUUAUACUGACUAUACGUACUUGCGCUCGUGUCUAGUAAGGGAGAUUGAGAGUGAAGGCUAAAGUCAAGAUGGGCGACGCAGGACCUCUAGAAGAGUCCAAGACUCUGAGAGUCGCCAUCAUCGGCGGUGGUCCAGCUGGAUUGGGCGCCGCGAUCGCAUUGUCCAAACUUCCUGAUGUCGAGGUUUCACUAUUCGAGCGGGCCGAAGAACUUCGAGAGUUUGGUGCCGGCAUUCGCAUUGGGUACAAUUGCUGGAGAGUGCUCGAAUUACUAGAAGCGGCAGACCGCGUUAAGGGACAUCAUAAGACGGCGAUUGUUCAUCGGAAUGGGUUGACUGGCGAACAGGUUGGCGGAACGAGUGCCGCGAAUCUACCAAUACAGUACCAGCCUCGGCGUGUAAGGCGGACGAGAUUGCAGUCCGCGCUGAUAUCCAAGGUUCCGCCUGGCGUCAUCCAGCUGAACAAGAAGCUUGCUUCUCUGGAUGAUCUAGGAGCCGAAGGCGUACGGCUUACCUUUCAGGACGGCACGAAUGCCACGGCGGAUCUGGUUGUUGGAGCAGAUGGUAUACGCUCGGUGGUCAGAGAUCAUAUCUUUCCGGAUCAUAAGAUCAAUUUCACAGGGACGACGAUAUGGCGGGUUUUGAUCCCAGUCACUUCGGUUGAGCAUAUCCCCGAACUUACCGUGUCGACGUCAUGGUGGCAUGGUCCGACCGGUCACAUUUAUCAUUCCUUUGUCGACGAUCCUGGAGAGGUGCCGUAUGAAGAAAGGAUGAUGGAGAUCGCGGCUAGGAACGUUGUCGAUCCGGAAACUGUCACCGCAAAGACGUUCAGCUGGGGUGUUCCCGCGACCAAAGAAAGGGUCGAGUCUCAUUUCUUGAACUACGAUCCUCGAGUUCGAGAACUGCUGUCGAAACCUCAGGAGGGACAGUGGAAAGAAUUCUCUGCGUUUGCUGGGCCCAGACUGGAAAAACUCACUGCAUGGAAUAAAAGUGUGCUUCUUGGAGAUGCGAGUCAUCCACUGUCAGGCGCGUUCGGGUCUGGGGCUGCGUUCGCGCUGGAGGACGGCUGGAUUCUAGCGAGGGCAAUUGAGUAUGCUCGGUCCACAUCUGCGCCUCUUGAGAAAGCUCUGGAAGUUUUCGACCAGAUCCGGUCGCCAUACUAUCUCAGAAUGUAUCAACAUCUUGACGACCAGAAGGCCAGGGUUGUAGAAGCGAAGAAGAGCAACCCGAAUGCCACAUUUGAGAGUAGCUUGGCAGCUAGGAUGCAGGCAUUUGGUGGUGAAGAUGCGUUGCCCUGGAUAUACCGCAACGAUAUUGAGGACGUUUGGAAGACAUAUCUGCGCGAGCAAAGCGUGCCAAACGGUGUCCAUUGAGGGUUUGCAAAGGAAAUAUUUACGGGUUGCCGAGGUUAGAUGGGACGCCGCAAUAGAGCUUGCGAUAUAAUGGGCAUUCGUCAGAUCAUUCAAUGAUACAUGUCUUUCACCGUAAUCAUGUCGAAUAGGUAGAGAUAAAAGCAAGUCAAACG